GAGGCGAGCGUCGGGAGGAAGGGAUGGAGGAGGUCCCGGCUCCCGAUGCUCCAGGGGGAGAGGCGAGGUCGGGGGGCCCUGUGGAAGGAGAGCGAGCCGAGCCACGCAGUUCCCUGCAAGAUUGUGCCCAGGUUGACCGCGGUUCGGAGGAAGGCAGAGCGAUGUCCCGUCUUUCUCUGACACGGUCCCCAGUUUCUCCCAUCGCUGCUCAAGGAAUUCCUCUCCCUGCCCAGCUCACCAAAUCUAACGCCCCGGUGCAUAUUGAUGUAGGAGGUCACAUGUACACCAGCAGCCUAGCAACCUUGACCAAAUACCCAGAUUCCAGAAUAAGCCGCCUCUUUAACGGCACGGAGCCUAUUGUCUUGGACAGUUUAAAACAACACUAUUUCAUUGAUCGAGAUGGUGAAAUAUUCAGAUACAUCUUGAGCUUCUUAAGAACUUCAAAACUGCUGCUCCCCGAGGAUUUUAAGGACUUCAGUCUUUUGUAUGAAGAAGCCAAGUAUUACCAGCUGCAGCCAAUGAUCAAGGAACUUGAGCGAUGGAAACAGGAGAAAGAGCAAAGGAAACAUUUCCAGCCAUGUGACUGCUUGGUGGUGAGGGUGACUCCAGAUCUUGGUGAACGGAUUGCAUUGAGCGGGGAGAAAGUGCUCAUUGAGGAGAUCUUUCCGGAGACAGGGGACGUUAUGUGCAAUUCGGUGAACGCUGGCUGGAACCAGGACCCCACCCACGUCAUUCGGUUUCCCUUGAAUGGAUACUGCCGGCUGAAUUCAGUGCAGGUUCUUGAACGGUUGUUCCAGAAGGGAUUUAAUGUGGCAGCAUCCUGUGGUGGAGGCGUGGAUUCCUCCCAGUUCAGUGAAUAUGUGCUGUGUCGUGAGGACAGGAGACCACAGCCCAAUACCACAAUCAGAAUAAAGCAAGAACCCCUAGAUUAAGGACCUACCCCCUCCCUCCUUUGAAAGAGUAGAUGUGUUCAAAAGUCCCUUGGGUGGAAACACUCAAGACUCACACAACAGUAUUAUGCAGGAGCAGCCAACCUGUUUAUGGAACAACCCUGUUGCAUGGCCAGCCAUGUACUCUCACAUGGAAGCAAAGACAACAACACAAUAUAGGGUUGUUUGCUUUAUUACUCAAGUCUUCAAGGUGCACUUGGAAACCUGACGUUUUAUGGGAUUGUGUGCUUCUGGCACAUGGAAAGAAGUGAUGCUUCUGUAAAGAAUUGAUUUUGGACUGAAUUUGGUGGAAAUACCAAUUUAUGUAAUUAAACUAUGUCUCAUUGAAGGAAUAGGCCCACCAGCUUUCUGGAGGACAGCUCCUCUGUGCUAUGAGUGUGUCAAGACCUUGACAGCUGCCACAAGGAAGCUGGUAGUGUGCUGAGUGUCUUCCCCGUGCCCCUGGCCAAGUACUAUCUCUGGCCUGUCAGUCAUACGUUCAUAUCUCCAUUUGUUACUCAUGAUCUUUCUCUCAUUUCUUUGAUUCAUUGCAUUAGGGUUUAUUUUUCUAUGACACCUACAGUUGUCUUAGAGAAGCCACUUCAGAUAGGGAUCAAAGUUGUUAUGGUGCUGAACCUGAUUUCAUUCUUUUCAGUCCCACGUGUUUGCUGUCCUCUCACAGACACACACACAUCUGACACAGCUGCAAAUUCUCAAAAAUGGAGGUUCAAAUCAAAUCCUUUUGCAAAGUUGCACAACUUUUAAUAGGUCCUGAGGUGGGCCCAAGUUAAGGUUGUGCCGUCCUUUUAUUUUGGUCAUUUAAGAACAGAAACUGCCUAAACAAUGUCUCAGUUACCUUUCCUCCUCCUUUUGAAUUCAAUCCCCAUAUUGCCUUGACACAUGGAAAUGGAUGAUGCCAACACUGAUUGGAUGUUGCGUGUCAUCUUUUUAAAUGACACCUACAAAGGUAUGAUACAUUUCUUCUUUAAGCAAAUACUUUGAAUGCUUUGGUUCCAUUCUCAAACCCUUUGGCAUCAGCAUUCUUUGAGAAAAUAAACUUGGCUUUCAAUCUCUGAGCAGUCAUGACAGUUCAGAUGAUCUAGGAAAAUCUGCCCAUUACACUAUGCCAUAAUUUGGUUUUGGCUUCAUGUGUUGUAUGAACCAUUCUCUAGUUUGUAUAUCUUGAUUGACAAAUUAGUGCAUCCUUCCUAACCAAGGGAAUUUCAGGUGUUUUGGGGCUGCCAUUUCCUAAAAUCUAAGCUGCUGGAGGUAACACAGGAACAGGGAUGAUGAACACAAUGUGUGAACCUAAUCACUAGCACUGUUUACUAAAAAAUGUCCAGUCAAUCUGGAAGAAUGAUGUGGUCUGUCAACUAUUGGCUUCACCUGCUCAUUGAUUGGUUUCGUGCAAAACUCAGAAACCCAAGCCUGGGUCAACAUGCACGCAGAUAGUGGGCUGCAUUUAUAGCCCAUGGUAGGCUCAAACAUCGAUGGCCUUUAAGACUUCAUGGGAUGGCUUGGUUCAUGCAACUUGCUAAGGUAAACAUUUGGGUUCCUAGAAUGCACUGAAUCUCAAACAUCCACCCUUCAGCUUAGCCUAUCAUGUUGCAUGAAGUGUUUGUGUCUUGUGAGCAGUCCCAAUGCAAGGCUCCGCUCAAAAGGUUUAAGAAACAAGGGCAGGGAACUGAGGAGUACCCAACUUUUCACCACUGAUGCCUACUGAGCAGGCCACUGAGUGAGAAUCCAGACAUUCUGACCAGUCUUUUUCAUGUAACCUUUUUUACUGACAACUUCAUGGAGAAUCACAUUGAGUUGGACCUAUGAAAUAUAUCUGCAAGUUCAUGGAUCAAGCUAAGUUUGCUUACUCACAAUGCAUUUCUCAUGAGCACCUCUUCAAAAAUCUAGGCUUGAAAGAAAUCUUUGUAUGAGGAGUAUUCAGUCAAAAAAUCAUGUAUUUUAUACUACAAAUGUACAUCAAUUCUAUAUCAGUUUAAUGUCAGACUGUGAAAUCCUGGGAAUUGUAGUUUUGAUAAGGUCUUGAUAUAUUAAAUAUUUGAUCUGA